AUGGUCAAUGUAUUUAAUGUUCAGAUCUUCUUUGUCGUAUUUCGAGAGGCACUAGAAGCAGUCAUUGUCGUUUCCGUGCUUCUUGCAUUCUUGAAACAAGGCUUGGGCGAUGGUCAAACGGACUCGGCAGUCUAUAAAAAAUUGCGAAACCAGAUUUGGAUUGGUGCAGGGUGUGGUAUACUAAUAUGUCUUAUUAUUGGUGGAGCAUUCAUUGGCGCCUUUUAUGGUUUGGGCAAAGACGUUUGGGGUAAAUCUGAAGAUUUGUGGGAAGGUAUAUUUUGUCUUAUUGCUACAGUGUUGAUUUCAAUUAUGGGUAUUCCAAUGUUGAGAAUCAACAAGAUGCAAGAGAAAUGGAGAGUUAAGUUGGCCCAGGCAAUUGUUAAGGAACCUAAACUGGUUAAAAAGGGUUGGUUGGCAAGAUUUGAUUUGGCAAGAUUCACCAAGCGUAACGCAUUAUUCAUCUUGCCAUUUAUCACUUGUCUUAGAGAAGGUUUGGAGGCAGUGGUGUUUGUUGGUGGUGUUGGUAUCAACCAACCAGCCUCAUCGUUCCCACUUCCAGUCAUUUGCGGCUUGAUUGCGGGUGCCGUGGUUGGUGUGUUGCUCUACUAUUUCGGUUCCAAUAUGUCGAUGCAAAUCUUUUUGAUCAUCUCCACGUGUAUAUUAUACUUGAUUGCAGCAGGUUUGUUCUCACGUGGUGUUUGGUUCAUUGAGGCGCACCAAUACAAUGUUCGUACUGGUGGCGAUGCGGCUGAAAAUGGCAAUGGACCAGGAACUUAUGAUAUCGCCAAGUCAGUUUGGCAUGUGAAUUGUUGCAAUCCAUUAACCGAUAAUGGUUGGGAUAUAUUCAAUGCCAUUCUCGGGUGGCAAAACUCAGCCACCUACGGCUCAGUCAUUUCUUACAAUGUUUACUGGAUUGCAGUGAUGAUUACAAUUGGACUCAUGUUGUACGAGGAGAAGCAUGGCCAUUUGCCAUUCUUGAAGAAUGUCACCUUGAGAUCUUUGAACCCAAUGUACCAUAUCAAAGGUAAAAAGAAGAAUGAGUUGAGCGAAGAGGAAAAGCAAGCAUUGUUUAAACAAAUUAAACAACACAAGUUUGCAAACCAAGCAGAGGAGGAAGAAGAAGAAGAAACAGGUGAUGGUCAAACUGAUGAUCUUGCCUCGAGUAAAUUGAUGGAAUCUGUUGAAAAGUAA